ACAACAAGUCGCGCCACACACGAUUCGAUUUGAUUAAGCGACUGGAACUUGAAUGUGUUAAUCACAUUGAACUGAUUCGAGGCAUACAUUGUACCUUCCGUGUACCAACAUGUACCUAUUUCCAAAACAAUAGUUUAUACAACGAUUUCAAUAUUUCGCUCCAUUAACUCUUGAAAAAUAAGCACUUGUUUUACAGACAAACGCAUUUAGAUCAACAUAAACACGGUUACAGUACAAGUGUUACAUUCAAAAGGGAUUUUUUGUCUUGUGGAAAAGAGAGUGAUGGUAGAUGUUCCGCCAUUGAUGUAAAAGCUUUCUGGACUUACACAGAUGGGCUGAUAACAAAACUUCUUGGUCGCAGGACUGGUCUCCAUAAGAAAACGAGAAGGGAGAUUAAGCAAGGUCUUAAGUUUCCAAGAUAUAUAAUAAUGAAGAACAACUAGAGGAUGGCUGGGAGACAGCAAUGGAGAAUAAGCCACGCGCUAGUCACGUGCGCGGUUAUGCUAUUCACAUUCGCUGCAGCCAAAGGUUCAGAAAAGAAAACAGCCGAGAACUUAUGUCCUAACAUCAGACUCAAAAGUGUAGGAUGCUACUCUGACCCACAAACCGACCCCCGACCCCUCCCCUUGAUGGAAUUUACCGACCGAAAUAAAACGAGUAUAAAGUACAGCGGUAUUUCGCCCGACUACGACUACUGGGACACUUAUAUGGAGGGGCUCAUCUGCAGAUGUGCGAAAGCCGCCAAAAGAAGCAAGUUUAAAAUGUUUGGGAUUCAAAAUAAUGGAGAAUGCAUGACAGGUAUGAAUGAUGUCACGCUGUCACGCUACGCUAAAUAUGGUCCAUCUAUUCACUGCGUGACAUUCUUCAAUGAGCGUUGCAACAAUGGCUGCAUCUGUAUCGGCGAGGACCAGGCUAACUUUAUCUACACGAUUGAGUAUGAAGAAUUCACAGAAGUGCAAGAGAUAGAACACGUUGUCGAGGAAACUGAGAGAAGAGUGGAAGUAACUAAAAAUGCACCGCGCAAGCAAACAACGCGAGAAAAGACAAGACAAACAAAAUCAGCCGAUAACUUAUGUCCUAACAUCAGACUCAAAAGUGUAGGAUGCUACUCUGACCCACAAACCGACCCCCGACCCCUCCCCUUGAUUGAGUUUACUGACCGAAAUAAAACGAGUAUCAAGUACACCGGUAUUUCGCCCGACUACGACUACUGGGACAAUUAUAUGGAGGGGCUCAUCUGCAGAUGUGCAAAAGCCGCUAAAAGAAGCAAGUUUAAAAUGUUUGGGAUUCAAAAUAAUGGAGAAUGCAUGACAGGUGUGAAUGAUGUCACGCUGUCACGCUACGCUAAAUAUGGUCCAUCUAUUCACUGCGUGACAUACUUAAAUAAGCGUUGCAACAAUGGCAGCAUCUGUAUCGGCGAGGAUCACGCUAACUUCAUCUACAUGAUUGAGUAUGAAGAAGUCACAGAAGUGCAAGAGAAAGAACAUGUUGUCGAGGAGAUUUACGUCACACCAAAGCCCAAAACAACUGUAAAACGAAGGCCAACAGAGAGACCAACAAAGUCCUUAUUGCCAGAAGAAGAAGAAAAAGAGAGACAAACACCGACACCGACAAAAGCAAAACCUACAACUAUAAAAAGAAGGCCAACAGAAAGACCGACGAAGAAACCAACAAAACCAUUGUUACCAGAAGUAGAACCAGAAGAAGAAGAGAGGGCCACGCCCAGACCGACUAAAGCAAAACCUACAACUAUGAAAAGAAGGCCAACUGAAAGACCGACGAAGAAACCAACAAAACCAUUGUUACCAGAAGUAGAACCAGAAGAAGAAGAGAAGGCCACGCCUAGGCCGACUAAAGCAAAACCUACAACUAUAAAAAGAAGGCCAACAGAAAGACCGACGAAGAAACCAACAAAACCAUUGUUACCAGAAGUAGAACCAGAAGAAGAGAGGGCCACGCCUAGACCGACUAAAGCAAAACCUACAACUAGAAAAAGAAUGCCAACUGAAAGACCGACGAAAAAACCAACAAAGCCAUUGUUACCAGAAGAGGAAGAAGAAGAAGAAGAAGAAGAAGAAGAAAGGCCAACACCCAGGCCGACUAAAGCAAAACCUACAGCUAUAAUAAGAAAGCCAACAGAAAGACCAACGAAGAAGCCCACAAAGCCAUUGUUACCAGAAGUAGAACCAGAAGAAGAAGAGAGGGCCACGCCUAGGCCGACUAAAGCAAAACCUACAACUAUAAUAAGAAGGCCAACAGAAAGACCAACGAAGAAGCCCACAAAGCCAUUGUUACCAGAAGUAGAACCAGAAGAAGAAGAGAGGGCCACGCCUAGACCGACUAAAGCAAAACCUACAACUAUAAAAAGAAGGCCAACAGAAAGACCGACGAAAAAACCAACAAAGCCAUUGUUACCAGAAGUAGAAUCAGCAGAAGAAGAAAGGGCUACCCCUGGGCCGACUAAAGCAAAACCUACAACAAUAAAAAGAAGGCCAACAGAAAGACCGACGAAAAAAACAACAAAGCCAUUGUUACCAGAAGAAGAAGAAGAAGAAAGGCCAACACCCAAGCCGACUAAAGCAAAACCUACAACUAUAAAAAGAAGGCCAACAGAAAGACCGACGAAGAAACCAACAAAGCCAUUGUUACCAGAAGAAGAAGAAGAAAGACCAACACCCAAGCCGACUAAAGCAAAACCUACAACUAUAAAAAGAAGGCCAACAGAAAUACCAACAAAGAAACCAACAAAGCCAUUGUUACCAGAAGUAGAACCAGAAGAAGAAGAGAGGGCCACGCCUAGACCGACUAAAGCAAAACCUACAACUAUAAAAAGAAGGCCAACAGAAAGACCAACAAAGAAACCAACAAAGCCAUUGUUACCAGAAGAAGAAGAAGAAGAAAGGCCAACACCCAAGCCGACUAAAGCAAAACCUACAACUAUAAAAAGAAGGCCAACAGAAAGACCGACGAAGAAACCAACAAAGCCAUUGUUACCAGAAGAAGAAGAAGAAAGGCCAACACCCAUGCCGGCUAAAGCAAAACCUACAACUAUAAAAAGAAGGCCAACAGAAAGACCAACGAAGAAACCAACAAAGCCAUUGUUACCAGAAGUAGAACCAGAAGAAGAAGAGAGGGCCACGCCCAGACCGACUAAAGCAAAACCUACAACUAUAAAAAGAAGGCCAGCAGAAAGACCGACGAAGAAACCCAAAAAGCCAUUGUUACCAGAAGAAGAAGAAGAAAGGCCAACACCCAGGCCGACUAAAGCAAAACCUACAACUAUAAAAAGAAGGCCAACAGAAAGACCGACGAAGAAACCAACAAAACCAUUAUUACCAGAAGGAGAAGGAGAACAGAGGGCCACGCCAAGGCCGACACGAAAACCAACGAAGAAAAUAAUACCUCCAACUAACAACACUAUGAAGACCAAACCAACAACUGGUACAAGAAAGCCAACUUUUUCUACGUACAGUCGAGCGUCAUCCGGGACAGCAACCCGAGCUCCGCCCACCGAGCCACCAGAAACAAGUGGAACAGCGACUCAGCCCAGGCCAUCACAGGCGGUGAAGUCAGGCAAUAACCCCAAAUGUAAGGACUACGUCGUCAGUAUCAAAGUCCCAAGAUUCAAGAACGAGUUGGUUACUGCGGAUGGCGUCACCACAUGGAUCAAAAACGUCUUUAAAGGGUAUCACUGCUUCCAAAGUGCUACAUUCGUAAAAUCCAGGCGCCUCCCGUUCACAAAUAAAAGAGCGUUGACGCUGGAGCUGAAGUUCGCUUGUACCGGGAGACAUCUAGGAAGACUGGUAAAGGCCGUGGGAGGUGUCAAUAUCAUUGCAAAGUGCCAUCAGACGGGAUUGUGUUUAAAGACUAUGGAGAACAUCUCGACUUGUCAAAUCCCUAUCUGUACGGUGCCAUGUUACUUUAUCCCCAUGACUUAUACGGCGGUUUACCAGCCUGUUUUACAACAUCCUCUUCUAAAAUGGCAAAGACGUUAUAGGGGAUCUAGCCUUUAUACGGGAUUGCAGCAUUAUUGGGGAUCACAACCUCUUACGGCUUAUGGGAAUAUGCGACAUACGGGACCUCAAGGCUAUAUACCGUAUGGCCACAAUACCGGAUUUCAACAUACGGGAGCUCAAGGAUAUUACCCUUAUGGCCAAAAUACGGGACUGCGUCAUCCGGGACCUCAAGGCCAUUUACCGUAUAGCCCCAUUGCGGGAUUGCGACAUACGGGACCUCAAGGUCAUGCCAAGUAUGGCCACAAUACGGGAUUACGAUAUACAGGAAUUCAAGGUUAUAUACCGUAUAGCCAUACAGGAUUGCAACAUACGGGACAUCAAGCUGUCACAUCGUUAGGCCAUCAGAAGAAAUACCUGACAUACCUGACAUAUCACCCAGUAACAUAUCGCGUGACAUAUGAUAGUCUGAAUAUACCGCUUAAGUUUAAUGACAUGAACAAUAACCCUGCUUACGGGAUUUCUCAACCGUAUACUCGACAUUUGCCUCAAGCAGUAAGCUCCAAACAGUACUCGCCAGGGAAAGCAAUCAAGCCUAAACAAGCCGUUAAAAAACAUUAUAUUUACAGAAACAAGCACCGAAGCAUUUACUGAGAAGUUAUUUGAGGCAUCUAGAUCACCAUAUUGUGCGCCAUGUUUUCUUCUCAACAAUUUUCAAAAAUUUCAUGAUGGUUUCCAAUCUCUUUUUUUUAAUGAAUUCAGAUUUACAACCAUUGGAAUCUUCCCUGGCAUCCUUAUUUUACUUCAGUUUUAAGCAUUUCGAGGGAAAAGAACGGUGCGAUUCCACACUUCUACACUUUCCUACCCAAAGAGAUUUGAAACACAUUUUUUUAGAAUGUUGUCCUUAAGACACUGCCGUCGAGCACAUCCAUAUUGUGACGACUUUUGAGUCCGGUUGUAAUUGGAUAGGAUGAUCCAUUUGUGUGGUACCCCCUAAAGGGUAGCAGAAUCAAAAGAAUCAUUAAACAGCCCCCCCCC